AUGAAUCCCAGUUUUAUUUCCAAUUGCUCUUCAUCUUCUGAUGAAGAUGGUGAAAAUUCUCAUAUGAUAUACAUUUACAACCAAUAUAUGCAGGAUAUGCAGCGUAGAAUCGACAACAACAACAUGUUGACUCAAUUCCCUCGUGACCAUCAAAUUCCACAAAUAUAUCGUGGAUCAGUUCCAGGGCAUAUUUUCAUCAACCGUGAUCGAGAGGGUGCUCACGCUAGAUUGUACAAUGAUGAUUUUGUAGAUAAUCCAUUGUAUAAUGAAACCAUGUUUUGUAGGAGAUUCCGGAUGUCUCGUCCAUUGUUCCUUCGCAUUGUGGACGCAGUUAAGGAACACGAUGACUGUUUCAUGCAACGAUCAGAUGGAACUAGAAGGCUUGGGCUAUCAUCUCUUCAAAAGGUCGUAGUAGUAGAUUAUGAUCUUUGGAUAUGGCAUGCUUAUUUUGGAUUGCCCGGCAGCAACAAUGACAUCAACGUGUUAGAUUCCUCACAUCUUUCCUAUAAUCUCACUCAAGGUAUUGCUCCUCCUGCUCAUUAUGUUAUUCCAAGCAAAGAAUAUAAUAUUGGUUAUUACCCGGCUGAUUGA